AUGCAGGACCUCGACGUCGUGAACGAGUUCAAUCGGGUGGAUCGACAAGUCUACGCAGAGCUGCAGCGUGUGGCACCUGGGAAUCCAGUCUCUGCCUAUGCGUUAGUCUCCUGGUCAGCCUUUGACAAUGCGCUCGAGGCCUCUGGCGGUACUGCUAGUGUCGAAGCCUACGAAGUUCAGUACGCAGUGUCUGGGUCAGGCGUCUGGCAGUCGCUGGGGGAUUCACUGACCGGAUUUCGCGUCGACUUGGGUGCUCAAGCCACGGAACACGUGCCCAAGCAGCGUAUUUUCACUCGUGCAGACGAUGGCGAGUCCAUCAACGAUGGGUAUUUCAGACUUGGCUUGUCGUAUGAAGGCUCCAGUCCGAGUAUCCUGGGCGGACGAGCUACUGCUGGUGUGGUGACGCCUCCGAUCGCUUUUGACGCCAGUGCAGACGCCAUGAAGACAGCGAUCGAGUCUCUGGAGCAGGUCACACAGGUGCAGGUGGAGAGGAAUGCGCUGGACGCUGAUGGAGCGUUCGAGUGGAUCAUUCUCUUUGAUCUCGUGGCGUACGACGGCGAAGAUCCGCUGCCGUUGCUGUCGCUGUAUACAGAGACGGUGUCAGCUCAGUGGACUGGAGACGGAGACCAAGUAGCUGUUCAGUAUCUGCGCAUGGCUCCGAGUUCUCCUGGUCGACAUCGACGUAUUUGCUCGGAUGAAUGCAGCUACCAAGUCACGGGACUGCAGACUGGUCGAGCCUUCAGCUUCCGUGUUCGAGCGCAGUAUUCGUACGCUAUUGGCUGGAGUUCAUGGAGUGCACGUAGUGAACCACUGGAGAUCCCAGCGACACCAGUACCGCGAGCUCCUUCAACCCCCGAGCUACUAGCGGCAACGACUUCUCAUGUCACGAUCUCGUGGCGUAUGCGUCGAGAACUCACGCAGGAAAAUGGCAUCUUUGCUAGGGAAUUCUUCCCCGUCACCAGCUUCCAGGCUCAGCAACAAUGCGACAGUGAGAUCGGCUGGACUACGAUCAGUGAGCGUAUACCGCCGGGGUUUAGUGGCAACAGUGACACCUUUGUAACUGUUGUUGCGUCCUUGGAUCGUCCGCCAGGUUCCACCUGCGAGUUUCGAGUUGCUGCGACGAAUGCCAACGGCCAAGGACCUUUCAGUUUGCCUUCAGCCAAAUUCACAACGUUGCAAACAGCUCCGGGUGCUGUGGCGAACUUACGGGUAGCUCGAGACCCGCUUACUGUGGUCUGGAACACACCUGAGGUGCUGGGCGGUCAUGCACUGGAAGAGCUAACCUACGAUGUGGAAUACCGCACAACUCUUGGCUCGACGUGGACGCGAUUGCCAGCUGAGCUGGUGGACUGCAGCAGUCGACUCGCCAACAUCUCAAUGACGUCGCUGAAAGGAUACACCACGUACGUCACGCGCGUCAGAGCGGUAGCUGAACGGCAAGCUGGUAGCUUCUCCCAGUCCGCAGAGUUCCUGGCAGAUUACACGGUUGAAGACGACUCGAACAGCGACAACGUCAAGGAUUUAACCCUUGGAACACGCCAAGUGGUGAUUGCUGCAGCUCGUCAGCAAUGCGCUAACACACAGGACUGGUACUACGUCCAGUUGACUGGGAACGGCGGCAGUGGCGGCUCUACCAGUGGCGAUGAAGCCAAACCUGGCGAGCACGGAGCUGUUCUUGUCUUUCCAGUCACGUGGUCGGGCGAAAGACCGGCGGAACAUUCUUUUUUCUACACGGGAAGUGUCCAGACCUAUCGAGUUCCAAUUGACCAGUCUGCUCCUCAUCUUGCGCAUCGAAUUGUUGCUCUUGAUGUCUACGCUUGGGGGCGCUGGGGGAGCUGUGGCGGGAGUGGACAGAGUGGCAAACAAGCGGGUGGAGGCGGAGGUGGAGGGUUCUUCGGUGGCGGAGGAGGAGGCGCAGGUGUUGACGGAGCUGGAGGCGGUGGAGGCAGCAGCUUCGUCUCCUUUAGAGACCUGUUUAAUUCGUCCAAAUCUGGGAUUAGUGACGCUAGUCUGCGAGCACGAGUGAGUGACGAGACCGUAGACAAGCUCCAAGUGACUCCACUGACAUCCUCGAGCGUCAAAGUGAGCUGGAAAGCUCCUCGUUUUGGCUUCUCCCAGCUCGUGGAAGGAUUCGUGAUCGAGAUGGCCAAUCGCUCCGUCAAUGAGGACUUUCGUCUUGUACGUUUGGUCACUCUUCCGGCCACUGACGUCACGGAGAAGAGCGGUACUCUCACCCUCCACGGUCUUACGCCGACGGCUGCGUAUCGUUUCCGAGUGAAAGCUUUGCUGCUCGAUGGACGUGGCACUUUCAGUGAUGUCGUUACGCUGCUGUCCAACGAUUUCUGGCGAUAUGAUCUGCGCACGGAGACGUGGUGGUCUGUGCCUCCGCCAGCGUUGGUACCUUCUCCAAGAGAGAAACACUCGAUGGCAGUGGUGAAUGACCGCUUGAUUCUAUUCGGAGGACGGCAGAACGACGUGUCGGACGCAAAUGACGCCUCGACGUGGGGACCUCGAGCCCUGAAUGAUUUGUGGGAGCUUCAAGGACUGAGGAGCCUACAAGGAGACAAGAGAGCGACUGGCACUGCGCCGAAUGCCAGAGCGUUCCCUGUGUUGCUACGUAGUCCCGACGAAGCUGCAGAUAAGAGUGAAUGCGUCCCAAGAACGGAGAAACUGCAGUUCGUGUCGACGUCUAGUCUCGAAGCGCUCUCGGUCUUCCAUCAGCUGCCUGUUGCCGGGAACUGGACGCUUGAGUUGACUGACACUGCAGCGGACGGCUUUGUCGGGACCCUGGACUCGUGGGACGUCACUUUCGACGUUGCUCCUUGCGUUCCUGCCUUCACGUGGACGAAUCUGUCGUCCAUAGCAACGGGAACGGCCCCGACCGCGCGGUUCCAGCACUCGGUUGUCGUAGUCGGGAGCAGUAUGUUCAUCUUCGGAGGCACAGCGGGAGGUACUGGCUCGGAGCUGAGCGACUUGUAUCGACUGGAUUAUACCCGCAGUGUGGCGCUCGGUGUCGCGCCAACUGCUCGAUGGACGCAACUUGCGUCUCUGACCGACAGAGAGAGCCCCAGUAUCGCUGAGAGGAGAGUUCAUGCAGGACGGGCAACGUUGCUGACUCCGUUUGAGUUGAUGGCUGUCGGGCGUGGACUCAAGUCUCCUCGACGAGCGUCUCUCGGGUCCAGGACGGCGAUGGCAGCUUCUCGCCUCGAGUCGCAACUGGACGUUCGUUUGAAGCGUCUCGAAGAUCUGAUCGACGGAUGGAGAGCUGUCGCUACUGCAUCUGGAGAGGAUGAGAGCGCUCUUGACGAACAGCGUCCUGUGCCUCGGUACUGGGCUGCUAGCGCCUUUGUUUCCUCACUGCCAGGUAGUAAGGUGCCGCGUGUAUUCCUGUUCGGCGGCCAAGAUGACACGACGCUGCUGGACGAUUUUUGGAGUCUGGAACUGGCUCAGCUAGAUGAGGAUUUCCCUCAAGAUCGUCGAAAGAGUCAACGGAUCAGAGCGUGGGCCAGUAUUGAAAGCUUCAACUUGGAGAGGAUACCCACAUUUGGCGGUGAGCAAGCUGGUACCAGCGAAUUGCGGAUGGGCUAUCCAGUGAGUUGUUAUCAAUUGAGUGGCAUGCAUCCAGUCACUCACGUGAAGGUCGUGCGCAGCUCCAACAAGUUCAAGGCCUACAAGAAGCUCGAGCCCAGCUUGUCCCGGCGGGCAUCUGGCACCGGGUCCGACUACUUGAUUGCUGUCGAGAUUCCAGACGAUAUUCAUAUUCAUGUGUCUACACUGUCCUGUCAGACCGUCACACCGACCGUCGUUGGACAUCAUUGGGUUGACCAAGGCCUAUCGAGGCUCGAGUCACCCACGCUGACAACUUGA